UGUAGGCUGUAAACAGUAAAGCAAUACGAAGUGGAAACAUUUUCUACGACUACUGCUAACGGCCUACGACUCUCCAUUGUAGAUGGCCCUUAAAGCACAGACUGAGAUUUCGGAUCCUAAAGGAUCUGAUAGUCUGAUACUGGUGAGGGAAACUAAGGGAAACGUCGUUUUAUCUUUACCACCUUAUGUUUAUUAAUUAGCUAUAUUGUUAUUAUAGCUUAAUAAGGAUCCUUAAUUAAUAUCUUCUUAAUUCGAGACUCUUAAUUUAUUUGGUACCGCAAAGCGCAUAUUAUACGAUUGAUGAUGUAUCGCAUGCAUAUAAUGGGCCUCAGGAUACAGCAGUUAUACGUUCCAAUAAUGACACUAUUUCACGCGUCGAGAUAUGUAUACAUGACGCGCAUCGCACGAGAAAGAAAUUCCCCAGCCAGUUUGACAGCGUUCGCUUCUGCUUCGAGUUCGAGCUUCGAGCUUUGCUCAGUUUCUCCGCACCGCGUAUGUAAAUGAAACGAUGAGGUAAAUCUUGUCGAUACGAUCCGCCAAAUUAUGUAGCGCGAGAAAAGAAGACUCGAAAAAUCGAAAAUUUGAGGAGGAGAAAGAGAAAUUGUCCUAUUGACUAGAUAACAUGUGACUUUCGAGGAAAGUGAGGGACGAGGUAAACGUCGACGGAGGUUGUUGACAGGUUGCGUUAACGCACGCGUUUAAUGAGCGAGGUCGACGAGCGGUUUUUCCCUCUACCCUGGCGAUGAUCGUUUAGUGAAAGACCGGGCCAUGGAGGACAGUAGCAAGGAACGCCGAGUCCUGCAGCACUAUGUUGCCAAGCAAGACACGGUACUGAUACGGAUAUUCGGCGUGUGUGACGUUAACAUUAACAAGUUGCGUCUGGGAAUGCUUGUAGAAGCACUGGAGGAUUUGAAGGAGAGCGUGUUGAGGGUACGCGUAACCGACACCGUCAGCGGAUCUAAGACCUGGUACGGUACGGAAUGGCGUUGCCACAAGUACGAUCUAAUCCCUGUAUCGCCAAGGGUCUGGCAAUGCUUGCUCGCCAUACAGUCUCCUCAGGAGAGAAUCCGGCUGGCGAACGACGAAGGUCUGUGCGAGCAGAUACAAAGUAUAUCAAUGGACGAUGUAAUCUGGUACUGCUCCGAUCCUGCUAAUCGACGUGCCAAAGAAUUGGCGUUUGUCAGAUACAUUGGACCGGUGCCGCAACUUGGACUGGGACAUUACUUUGGCCUUGAACUAGUGGAAAGUCAGGAGUUAGCUAAAACAUCUUUAUUGGCCAAGGAAUAUUUUAUUUCCACACAUUGGAAUGCUGCUGCAAUAUUUGCUACUAUAAGUAAUAUAAUACCUUAUAAAGAAACCGAUUCAAUUACUGGUGGCAUUGAAAAAACAUCAUUCUUAAAAAAUAAUACGGAAACUGACUACAUUAACGAUAAAAAGGGAUCUGUACUCGACAGUACACCGGCCGUUUUAUUAGAGCAGUUUACGCUGUUUGAUGACAAUAAGAACAACAACCAGGAAUCUGUCAAUUCAUUGAAAGAACAUCAUCAAGCCGGAAAGCCGAAUCACGAAAACGAUGUAAAUUAUACUAAAGCCAUCGAUUAUCCUGUUUCUAAAUGCGGUAAUAGCGAGAAGAACGAAAUCAAGAAAUUCAAUAGAGUAGACAGCAAGGGAGAUUUGAUGGUGGGCUCUAAUGUGAAAGUGCUUCUGGAUACUGAUAUUCAUUAUGGAGUCAUUCGGUGGAUCGGCACACCACCCGGUACAACUCCCGGUAAAUUGAUGGCAGCUGUCGAGCUGGAUAAUGGACAUCCUUUAGGUACUGAUGGAAUUUACAAAGACAUUAGAUAUUUUCAUUGUAGACCUUAUAGAGCUAUAUUUACCAAUAUCGAACACUGUUCUCAUUAUGAAAACACGAAGCUCAAUGAACGAUCUGCGCACAUAAAUAACGACAAUUUUGGUAAUAUGGAGAGCUCCGUAAUUGCGGGCAUAGUACGGCCUAUCUCCGUCAAGGGAGAUUUGGAAAGUAUAUGCGGGAAGUAUCGCGGUAUACAGGGUCAUCACAAUUCGUGCUACUUGGACGCUACUCUUUUCAGCAUGUUUACAUUUACCAGCGUAUUCGACAAUCUCCUGUUUCGUCCACCAAAUGAGAAAGAUUGUCCACAAUACGAAGAAGUGCAAAGGGUCUUGAGAGAGGAGAUUGUGAACCCGUUGAGAAAAAAUAUGUUUGUCAGAGCAGAUCGUGUAAUGAAGCUUAGAACGUUGCUCGAAAAGCUAUCGUCAGUAUCCGGUCUCACUAGCGAAGAGAAAGAUCCGGAAGAAUUUUUAACGUCACUGGUCGCCCAGAUUUUGAAUGCUGAACCAUUCCUCAAACUAAGCUCUGGACAGGAUGCCUAUCAUUAUCAAUUGUUUGUCGAGAAAGACGACCAUUUGAAUCUACCGACUGUGCAGCAAUUAUUGGAACAGAGUUUCUUAACUAGUAAUAUUAGACUGAAAGAAGUUCCUUCCUGUCUCAUUAUACAAAUGCCGCGUUUUGGAAAAUCAUUUAAAAUGUAUCAGAAAAUACAACCUACGUUAUUACUCGACGUGACAGACAUUAUUGAAGACUCACCCAGACAAUGCACAGUGUGCGGCAAAUUAGCGGAAUUCGAGUGUAAGGAAUGUUACGGACAAUGUGGUGUUGGUCUUGAAAGUAUAGCCUUCUGUUUACAGUGCCUCGAAAAAGUACAUCGUCAUGAACGAAGAACCAAUCAUGAACCAAAAAAACUAAACGUACCUAUGGAGUUUACAAUUCUACAAGAACAUUGUCCUGUACCUCGUCUGUAUUUAGAAUUAUCCGCGGUGGUCUGCAUCGAAACUUCGCAUUACGUUUCAUUUGUAAAAUGUGGGCCUGGCUCGGAGGCGCCAUGGUGCUUCUUUGAUUCUAUGGCUGACAGAAAAGGAGAGCAAAAUGGAUAUAAUAUACCAGAGAUGGUGCCAUGCCCAGAUUUUCCUUACUGGUUGAGCGAAGAAGGAGGAACUUAUCUGACCGAAUUAACAGAUGACCGGCAUUUACCGGAACAUGCGAAACGUCUGCUUUGCGAUGCAUACAUGUGCAUGUAUCAAUCUCCAGACGUUAUGAUGUACAAAUAA